UUCCUCCUUUGCUCCUGUGGACGUUCUUCUCUCUCCUUCCUCGCCGCAGCUGUUUCCCUUUCUCAUCCUCUUCCUCCGGCUACUUUGCGCUCCAUCAACUUCUCUUUUCUACGAUAGGCCUUUUGUCCCAAUAUAGGCCCGUUUAAUUGCAAGGGAAUGAAACCCGGGACGACAGUGCGCGCGCCGAGUCAGUUCAUUCCGUCAUUAGUUCAGUGGUGCCCUCGGAGCGAAGCCUUGGGGCACAAAGCCAAGGGCCUUUCAAGCUGGCAGGGUUCGCUCACCACAUUUUGAAACAUGUGAACGUCCUGAGAGCCCUUUCCUGCGCUGAGACCAUAAACUCCAGAGUCUAAAAUUCCCGAGGGGUGCCGUUGGUGGCUCUCCGGAUCGCAGGCACAGAGAGCGUUCGCAGCCCUGCUCGGUAAACUCGCUUUAACUGCAGAGACUGAACCUGACGGGUCUUCAGCAGUGCCUUUCCAGCUGAAGUGCAUGGACUUGCUUAUGAGUCAUCCCAGCCCGAUGGUCUCCUCCUCGCCUUCACCAGUGGUGUAGCAGGGGAAGGGUUUUGUCUCGCGUCACAGCAACAUCACUUCCUUCCAAUACCGUGAACUUCAGGAGUGGCUAGAUAAAUGGAACAAGAGUGCCUGGCCUUGGUUGCCGCCUGUGUUCAAACCUCCCAGUUGCUGGUGCAGCAGUGGAUGCUCAACAGGCGCACAGUGAUAUUCGCAAUAGCGAGGAUUCUGCAGCGCAGGCGCUUCCGCAGGUCCGCCGCUGUGCUGAGACGGAUCCUCUCCGCCAGCGUACGACGCAAGAGGGCCCUGCUGCGGCUUCACCGAAAUGCGAUUGUCUCGGUGGUCACUAUGGUGUACUCAUCGUCUCCUGCGCUGCACUACGAGCACGAGCUGAUGGCCUUGUCCGAGCGCUCUCACUGGAUGCUUCCACGAUGCAGCGAGUGGUGGGAGCGGAUGAUCUCUUCAGAACAGGACGACAAGUGCUGGAUUUCCCUGUUCCGAAUGUCACGCUCGACACUGAUGUAUAUUGCUGAGGAGCUGCGCCCUGCCCUGCAGCGUCGAGACACAGGUAUGCGGUCACACAUUCCCGUCGAAAAGAGAGUCGCCAUGACCAUCUGGAAGCUGGCGCACCACGACAGUUACAAGACUGUCUCGGAACUCUUUGGGGUGGGGAUUUCAUCCGCGUGCUCCAUAUUCGAAGAGGUCUGUGAGGAAAUCAACAGCAGGCUUCUGGCUCAAACGAUCGUUCUGGGAGAACCGCAGGAGAUUAUGGAGGGCUUCAAGGGGAUGGGCUUCCCCAACUGCCUUGGUGCAAUCGAUGCCAUACAUAUCUCCAUCCUGUGUCCCCCCUUCUCUGCUGACUCCUACAUCAAUUGCAAAGGCUUCUAUUCAAUGGUGUUGCAGGCCCUGGUGGACAGCAAAUCCCGUUUCACCGAUAUCUAUGUUGGCUUUCCUGAACGGUCCCACGACUCCCGCAUCCUGCACAACUCUCCUUUUUUCAACAGCAUGGAUGAAGGCACCUUUGGGCCACAAACUCAGACAGUGUUGGAGGGGGUUUCCAUGACCCCUGUUGUAAUUGGGGAUUCUGCAUAUCCCCUUCGCCCCUGGCUAAUGAAGCCAUACCCUGCCCCCAAAACCGAGGCCCAAGAGAAAUUCAACGAGAGGCUCGCCAAGUGCCGAGCGUGUGUAGAGAGAGCGUUCGGGGUCCUGAGAGCUCGCUGGAGAUGUUUGCAGAUGAGGCUGGAUGUGAGGGAGAAGCUCAUUCCCGUAGUCAUCGCCACUUGCUGCAUCCUGCACAACAUCUGUGAGAUCAAGGGCGACGAGUUGCUGGAGCCGUUGGAAAGUCCUGCAGCUGCAGAAGCCCAGAAUGCUUCAGCCAGGCCAAGAGUGCCACUGUCAGAAGCUGGACUGACCAAGAGAGCCUGCCAGAUCAGAGCUGCCUAUUGCUCCUAUUUUGAGAAGAACCCUCUGUAAAAGAAUAGAUUCAUGUGCCCAUGUGACUUCCGUUGUUCCAUAUGGCCUGGCUGCAGCAUCAAAGUCUACAUGUGGUAUCUUGUUUUACAAAUCAAAUAAAAGGGUUAUAAUUUU